AUGUUUCAAGACCACCUGAGGAACCUCAACAGAUCCGCCUGGAGGCAGGAGUUGAAGGCGAGUUUGCCGGUGACACCCGACGGGGAGGUGCCGGAUGGCCCCGGAGACGCGGCAGCGCCCGGCGUGAGCGCCGACGCCGAGGAGAACCAUGCGGCGGCAACGCGGCGAAGCCGGACCUCGCGGGAUCUCCAGCCCCUUGCCGGCGUUUCGGGUUUUAAAGCCCUUCACCGCUUGGCGCGGCGACGAUCCAAGGACGUGGAAUUUCAGGAGGGCUGGCCCCGUUCUCCGGCGAGGGGUUUGGCGCCGCUGCGGCACCGGAGCAGCAGCGAGGUGACGCUGAGCGAGUGCGACCCGGAGGAGCCGGCGGAGCCGCGAGGGACCAAACUGGGAGGAGGCGCCGGGCUUUUCCGCGAGUACGGCAGCACCUCCUCCAUCGACGUGCAGGGCAUCUCGGAGCAGAGCUUCUUCGAUAUGCUCAAUGAAUUUCGGACCAAGAAGCCGGACCGACGAGCCGGGACGCCCGAGCGCCUCGGGGAAGCCGGUUUUCCACCGGGAUCGUAUCCUGGGAUCAAGACGGAGGGUAGGAAUGGACCCCGGGAUGAGCCGUCGGCACAAUCCAAGGAGAAACCCCGUAGGAGGUGUCCCAAAGGCGAUGCCGGAGGCGAAUCCAUCUUUAAAAAACUCCGGAGCGGGCGAAACGAGGGGGAGCCGGAGGAGCCGCGGACGCCGGAGCCGGGCAAGGCCUGGGUGUGCCAGAAGAGCUUCGCCCACUACGACGUGCAGAGCAUGCUCUUCGACCUCAACCUCGUAGCCAUCAACCGAGCCGUGGUAGCCCAACGGCGCAACACCACCACGGGCGCCUCGGCGGCUUCGGCCGCCACCGUUCGUGCCGGCGGCUUGGGCGGAUCGGAUCCGGCGUUUGCCAGCACCGAGGAUCUUAAUUGUAAGGAGAAUUUGGAGCACGACGUGGGGGAUAACACCAGCAACGAGCUUCUCCUCAGCUGCCCCCAUUUCCGUAACGAGAUCGGCGGCAGCGGCGAGCGCAACGUCAGCUUCUCCAAAGCUUCGGCGGGAUCCCCGGGAAUGCCGGCGGCGGAGGGGGGCUUCUCCGAACCCGUCCUCGACGUCCGUCCCACCAACGCCGGCGUCUCGGUGCUGGAGGUCCCCAAGGAGCUGCAGAGAAACCCCAACCGCCUCAAGCACUACAGCGUCGAGCACGUGGAUCUCGGCGCUCGCUAUUACCGGGAUCAUUUCCACGGCAAAGGUGGGAGCUCCAGGGAGGGAUGUUUCAGGGUUCGCCCCGUCGCCGCGAGACCCACGGUGCUCGGAGGGGGGCACGGCUUCUUCCUAAAGCCCCAUUUUUUUUUUUAUUUUUUCCUUUCCCAGCUCGUCACCCUGCGCGGUUCCAUCCUGGAAGACGCCACCCCGACCGCCACCAAACACGGGACGGUCCGGGGUCUCCCGUUAAAGGACGCUCUGGAAUACGUCAUUCCGGAGCUCAACAUCCACUGCCUGCGCUUGGCCGUCAGCGCGCCCAAGGUCACCGAGCAGCUCCUCAAGCUGGACGAGCAAGGGCUUUGCCGCAGGCACAAGGUGGGAAUCCUCUACUGCAAAGCCGGGCAGAGCUCGGAGGAGGAGAUGUACAACAACGAGGAAGCGGGGCCCGCUUUUGAGGAAUUCCUCGCUCUCCUGGGGGAAAAGGUUUGCCUGAAAGCCUUCAGCAAGUACGCGGCCCAGCUGGACACCAAAACCGACUCCACCGGCACCCACUCCCUCUACACCACCUACCAGGACUACGAAAUCAUGUUCCACGUCUCCACCAUGCUCCCCUACACCCCCAACAACCGGCAGCAGGCUGCUCGAUGAUCUCAAAGAUCUUUUCCAACCCAAACGAUUCCACGAUCCCCCAAUUCCAUCACCGCCGAGCGAUCCUAACCCUGUUCCCCUCUCCGUCCCCCAAGCGUGGCCGUCACCCGAUCCAAAGACGUCCCGCCCUUCGGACCCCCCAUCCCCAGCGGCGUCACCUUCCGCAAAUCCGACGUCUUCCGAGAUUUCUUGCUGGCCAAAGUGAUCAAUGCGGAAAACGCCGCUCACAAAUCGGACAAAUUUCACACCAUGGCGACGCGAACCCGGCAGGAAUACCUGAAGGAUUUAGCCGAAAACUGCGUCACCAACACGCCCAUCGAUUCCGCCGGGAAGUUCAACCUCAUCUCCCUGGCUUCCAAAAAGAAGGAGAAGACGAAAGCGCGAGCCGGGGCGGAACAACACAGCGCGGGGGCCAUCGCCUGGCGCGUUUCCGCUCAGGAUUUCGCCCGGGGAGCGGAAAUCGCUUGCGCCUUGGGUAUUUCCAACGAAUUCGUCGUCCUGCUCGACCUCAGCGCCAAGGAAGUCGUCUUCAACUGCUUCUGCGGUGACGUCAUCGGCUGGACCGCCGACGCUUCCACCGUCAAGAUCUUCUACGGUCGAGGCGAUCACAUUUUCAUCCGGGCGGCUGAGGGCGGCCCCGAGGACAUCAAGGAGAUCGUGCAGAGGCUGAAGGUGAUGACGGACGGCUGCGAGACGGUGGACAUGACCUUGAGGAGAAACGGGCUGGGUCAGCUGGGUUUCCACGUCAAGUACGACGGCACGGUGGCCGAGGUGGAGGAUUACGGCUUCGCUUGGCAAGCCGGUCUGCGGCAGGGGAGGCGGGCGGGGGGGAUCUGCAAGGUGGCGGUGGUGACCUUGACCCACGACCAAAUGAUCGACCUCCUACGUACCUCCGUCACGGUCAAGGUCGUCAUCAUCCCGCCCCACGAGGACGGAGCCCCUCGCAGGGGCUGGGCCGAAUCCUUGGAGAUGAGCAGCGCGGAGCCGAAGGGAGAGGUGGAGAGUUUGCCGUCCGGCUACCGCCCGCCGUACCGGAGCAACGCCGGCUGGCAGUGGAGCGGGCCGGCCUCGCACAACGCGGCCCCGGCGGGGAAAUGGGCUGAGACGCUGGCCCUCGGCCACGGGCAAGCGAUGGGCCGGUCGGGCAAGCAGCCCCCCGUGCCGUACCGGGAGCCGCAGGCGCUGCACGGCAAGAGGCCGGUCAGCUUUCCCGAAACUCCCCAUCCCACCUCCGCCUCGCCGGCGGGAGCGGAGAGGGCGCAGCCGUACCGGCAGCCAUCGGGCAGCUUCUCCGCGCCGGGCAGCGCCGGACCGACCUACGCUCGCUACAAACCCUCGCCGGAGAGGUACGUGACCUCGCAGCGGCCGCCGUUGCCCUUCGAGCCGCACGCCGGCCACGACGGCCCCUCCAGCGGUGACUCCUCGUCCGGGGGGCUCAGUAGCCACGAGAGCACCAUGGAGCGGCACAAACCGGAACCGUUGUGGCACGUACCGGCGCAGUCCAGGUUGCCGGGAAGCGGCGGCGGGAGCAAGCGAUCUGGCAGGCAGGAACCGACGACGGGCAAGGACUCGCCCAACCGACACUCCAAGGGUGAUGCGCAAUACUCGAGCCACUCCAGCAGCAACACGCUCUCCAGCAACGCCUCCAGCAGCCAGAGCGACGACCGUUGGUUCGACGUUCCCGAUCCCGGCGAAACCGAACCGGAUCCUUUUUCCAAAGGCGGUUCCAGCGAUAGCGGCAUCGACACCGCACUCUACGCCGGCAACACCGGCGGGGCCGCUCCCAAACCCCCUCGCCCGCUACCGCAGAGGGACAAGGUCCCCAAAGCCCCGCCGGCGUCUUACGUCGCUUUGCAGGACGACGGCGUCCGUCCCGGUGACAAAAAGAGGGAACCGUCCCCAACCGUCGGCACCGGCAACCAGGGUAAAGGCUACCGGCACAAAACGGGGACCCCCGUGGCUUCGGGGACCCCCGGCGGCAGCCCCGACCCGUUCAAGCAGCCCAGGGUUAUGGCAGAGAAGCAGGACAAGGUGGUGCUGCAGGCGGAGGUGGCCAACCUGCGGCAGAACAACCGGCGCCUGCAGGAGGAGUCGCACUCGGCCGCCCGGCAGCUCCGGCGCUUCGCACGCAUCUUCUCCGGCGCCGGCGAGAAGGAGGAGCUGUGA